UCUUACUUGCUUUCUCUAAACGAUACCAAUAAUUUUUCAAAAUCAAUGACAUCUACCCCUACGCCUGAUCAGAUCCCUAUCGAGGAGCAGCCUGUGCUUGAAGCUCUCGUCUCUAUCAAGCAUAGGCUUACUGCUAUCAAGAAGGACCGUUCCCGCUUCUUAAAAACUUCAACUGUCAUAGCCCUCUAUGACGAACUCUGUGUUCAACUGCAAAGACUUGAGGAAAUCCGUGGCGCGGGGAAUGCUACCAUUUGGGGCUACAAAAACAAUGUGAACUGCAUUCUCGACGAUGUCUUUGUCAUUCUCUCAUUAUGCUUCAUGGCAGUAGGCAAAACCAAAGAGAGUCCUGCUACUUAUGUGCAGCUUCUUACCAUCAAGCAAUGCCUUACAGGCUUACAAGAAUCUGGAGUCUUUGCUGCUGAGGAUCUAAAGCAAUACGAGGACAGGUUGAAGCAGCUGGAGGAUUUCAUCAAGGUGGAUGAAGCUAAGUCAUCCACACCCGAUAUCCAAACAAAGAUCCUCAGACGCAAGCUCGACUUUAAUAACAAAUUGCUCAAGGAACUACAGGAUGCAGUCAAAUCUAUUUCUCCAGAACUGGCGCCUAUCCACCGGCGUUUGGUUCAGCUCAAAAUCGAACUUGCGACAUUGGCAUCAAGAUCGUCCUCUUCAUGGAGUAGCUCUGAGGUCCAUCAUAUUCAAGAAGAGCUGCGAGAGAUUGAAUCCAAGCGAGAAGAUGGCAAGUUUAUGGAUGCAGAGGGCAAUGUCGUCUGUGGACAAGCUGCAGUCAUCGGAUUGCUUGAAGACUGUUACGACGACUGCCACAAUUUGUUAGCAACCAAGGAGCCAGUCCCCCAAUCGUUACGAGAUAUUUUCGAUCGACUGGAGGCGAUCAAAUCAGAUUUGGAGAGGCUGGUUCUGACACAGCGCUGGACGCUAAGGGAAACUGAUCUAUGGCAGUAUGAAAUUCAAUUGAGUGAAAUCAGUGCACUUCGCACUAAUGGAAAGUUUGUCAACCGGGAUGGUGACGUGGAAGAAGGCCAGGCUCUCCUUAAUUUCAUGCUUCACAAGUGUUAUCGUUUAAUUUAUAUCCUUUUGACAGCAUCAGAGCCAAUUGCAGAGGCACUGGUGCCGAUUCAUAACCAACUGCUGACCGUUCGUCGGUGCUUACUGGAAGUCAAGAAAUGGGGUGGAGACUUUACAGUACGUGAUCUGUACCCAUAUCAAAUGAAGUUGGCCUCAAUGGAUAACAUGCGAGUUGAUGGCAAAUUUUUGGACAAGGAUAAUGAGAUUCCUGAAGGUCAGGGUAUCUGCAAUUCACUUUUAAGCGAAUGUUAUGAUAUUAUGUAUGAACUACAGGACUCUGUCGUUGAUGACGCCUCAGAUAAAGAAUGUGAUAAUGAGGAAGAAAACCCUGGGAUGGAGCUUCGAGGAUCCAAGGGCUUGGAUGUUGUAGUUUAAAAAAGAUAUUGUACUCUAUAUGAUCAUAAACAUCCACUAUCUUAUAUAAUUUAUUUUGCCUUUGCGCUCGCCUCUCCUUUUAAAGUCAACUUGAGCAGUUGGCCACUUGUGGUCAUAUCGCUAUUUAUCAUUGAACAUGUUGACAAACACCUCGUCUUCAGUAUUUAUCCAACGCAG